ACCUCUCCAACACACACACUCACAGCAGUCAACACGAGCCUCACGCGCAUCCAGUAGCCUAUAUUCAACCGCACAACGAUCCACACACAUUUUCGCGAAUGUCCUCUGUGAAUAUGACGUUCAUGAGGAAGGUCUGCUGCGUUCUGCUCUGUUGUGUGUUCGAGGCGAGCGUUGCGCGCAGGGCUGAAGAAGCGGAGACUUUGGAGAAGAUUGAGAGCGCGCGUUGCGUCUCGCGCUGCCUCACGCUUCACAUCACGCAGAUCACCGCGUCAUUCAAACACCUGCAGAAUGACCUUGUGUUGGGCUGGUGUGAGAACCACAGAAGAUGUUCACAGUGCCUACAACCAUGCAAGGAAUUAUGGGAAACAAGACGAGCCCUGUCUCCCAAGACCUGCGAGAAGCAUCACGAGUGUGUGACCAGUGCUGAGUUUGUGCGCUCGCUGCGGGUCCAGAAGCAGGGCGACUGUCCUCUGGCCCAGCGGGCGUCGGGUUUCGCUGCUGCCUGUGUGGAGGGCUGUGCGGUCGACCGAGAGUGCUCCGGCUUCAAGAAGUGCUGCUCUAAUGGGUGUGGACACACCUGCCAGUCCCCCGCCAACCUCUUCAGAGGAGUCCCUUUGAAGCCAAGGAGAGACAUUUCCUUUUCAGAGGACCAGCAGGGCCAUCUGAAGGUGACGUGGAUGUCCAAGUUUAACGUUUCUGUCGAGCCCGUCCUUCAUAUUCUUCAGAGGAGGUGGAAUCACGGCAUUCACCCCAGCGAGGACGACGCGUCGGCCUGGCAGACUGUUCUCAUGACCAUGGAGGCCCGCUCCGUGUUGAAGGACAUCCGGCCCCACAGGUGGUACCAGUUUCGAGUCAGCGCGGUCAACAGCCAGGGCACAAGAGGCUUCACCACUCCCAGCAAGCACUUCUUCUCCGUGCGAGAUCCGUUUCCCCCAGAGACCCCACAGAAUGCCAGAGCCGGAAACCAGACCCUUCGCCCCGACGGCACGGUGAGCGUCCUGGUCCUGUGGGAGGCCCCCAGCGAGAGUGACCUGAGGGUCCACCAUUACAAGGUGACCUGGAUCCCUCGAGGAACACAGCCAAACAGCCAGAGCCGGGCCGGACGGGUCACAGAUGGGGAUGUAACGGAGAUGGAGCUUCAUGGUCUACAGCCCAGCACACACUACACCGCACAGAUUCAGGCCGUCUCUUACUGGGGUCAGAAUCGCCUGAAGAGCAGCCGAGCUCACCUCUCCUUCAUCACCGCCUCGUCCUCCGCAUCCACCUAUGGGAAUGGCCAUAUUUCAGGAGCGUUCUCCAAUGAGCUUCCAGUAUCCCAGACCUCUCCCGGUGUCCUGAGGCUGGAAGCGGCCGCCCCUCAUUAUCACGAACACCAGCUGCAGGUCAAGGUCUUCUGGAAGAGCCGGAUCCAAGAAAGCCAGAAGGACUCCAGUUCGUAUGUUCUGAGAUGGUAUCCUGAGGUUUGCGCCAAUAACGUGACGAAAGGCGAGAAAACAGCCACAGUUCAGGGAACACAUUUUGUGAUUACUGGCCUGUUUUUUGGAUGUAAGUACCGCGUGGCAGUGAAGCCCAUUACUGAACAAGAGCAGAGGUCAGAGGUCAUGACCUCUGUUACCACCCCACUUUGCUUAUCGCUGAUGGGAAGACGGAAAAAAACGGCUGCCUGUGCCAGAGAUGAGCGCCAUCCUCAGUUUAAAAAAGCCCUGCAGCGUCCUGAGAAGCUCUCAGCUUUGUUCCAGCCGGUGAAUGGCUCUGUGCAGGCAGUUUUCAGCUGGCAGGUGUCGCCAGAGAGCGCAGGCCAGACGUCCAUCACUGGAUUCCAGUUCUCCUGGGUCAAAGUGUCCAGCAGCAGCACUAAUGGCACACUGAUCUCCCAAACACACAUCCUGCCUCCGGAUCAGCGGUCGUGCACUGUAGACUCGCUCCAGCCAGAGAGUGUGUACAGAGUUGAGGUGCAGGUUCUGUCUGAAGCAGGACGUGGACCGUCAGUGGCCAAAACCCUCCACACUCCUCAUGUGAAUGGCACACUCCUCUGAGAUGGAGAAAAAGAUGUGAGGAAUCAAGCUACUCGUUAAUGAAGUGCUUGUGAUGCUCCUCAUUUGGAAACAUGCAUCUGCUCAAUGACUCGAUGUAAAAGCACACAGACACCAUGUGAUGAGCCUGCAGACGCUUCCAGCCGUGACAACACAAAGCAGACCCAGCCUGUUUACUGGAGUCAGUGUUCAGAUCAGUGCACUGAAACAUGUGAAUGUUGAGGAACCAAAUCAUGCUUCUGUUAUGUACAAAUGUGUAGCACUGAUGUAGUUAGUAUGUAGUUGCAUAUAGUUGUGUGUCAUAUUAUUUCAUUGACAAAUAUGUGUUUCAUACAGAAGUUUAUUGUGCUUAUACCCAACAGGCCUCAUUCAUGAAACUCAAGCGGUUUGAUUUUCUGUCUAAAGCUUGCGAAGUCAUUCUUAGCUAAGCUGGCAUUGCUACCUUUUUAUUCAUUUAGAAGACACUUUAUAACAUUGUUUCUUUUUCAUUUAAGUUCAAGUUCAUUUUAUCAAGUUUGCGCCGAAAUUAAUUGUGUUUCAUGAAUAAUGCCUAACAUCAAUAUUUGUACAUGUAAUAUAUAAAAUUUCAACACAACUUCAGCGUGGGAUUCGUCUCAGAUUUAAACAUUUGAACAGAGCCAUUUCUGAACAACGGCACAUCUGAUUUUAUUUAUUGUGAAUGUAAUUCAAUAAUCUCAAGCAGAACAGUGUAAUAUACUCAACUUUCUAUGGCAAACAGUGAGAAAUGUCAAUGCCUUAUACUGUAUCAGUUAUAUCAGGCUCGAUCAGAUUGAUUUGCUGCAUACGUCCAUCGGCAUAUAGAAACCGCUGCAUAAAUCAUGUGUUCAGACAUAAAAUGCAUUUGAAAGUCUUUGUACAAUAUAGCAUACUGUUUUUGUAAAUAUAGAUUUUUUUGUAUUUUCUAUGGUUUGUUGUCGUUACUAAUAAACUAGGCCAAAAGAA